AUGCCCGGAGCGGCUGCAGGGACGGCGGCGACGGGAGCGGGCUCGGCGGGAGCGGCAGCAGCGGGGAUGCUCCCGGCUCAGGAGGCGGCCAAGAUCUACCACACCAACUACGUGCGGAACUCGCGGGCCAUCGGCGUGCUCUGGGCCAUCUUCACCAUCUGCUUUGCCAUCGUCAACGUGGUGUGCUUCAUCCAGCCCUACUGGAUCGGAGACGGCGUGGACACGCCGCAGGCGGGCUACUUCGGGCUCUUCCACUACUGCAUCGGCAACGGCUUCAGCCGGGAACUCACCUGCCGGGGCAGCUUCACGGACUUCUCCAGCCUGCCCUCGGGAGCGUUCAAAGCCGCCUCCUUCUUCAUCGGGCUCUCGAUGAUGCUCAUCAUCGCCUGCAUCGUCUGCUUCAUCCUCUUCUUCUUCUGCAACACGGCCACCGUCUACAAGAUCUGUGCCUGGAUGCAGCUGACCUCGGCUGCCUGUCUCGUCCUGGGUUGUAUGAUUUUUCCUGAUGGCUGGGAUUCAGAUGAGGUAAAACGGAUGUGUGGUGAAAAGACAGACAAGUACACGCUGGGGGCUUGUUCAGUCCGCUGGGCUUAUAUCCUGGCUAUUAUUGGAAUCUUGGAUGCCCUGAUCCUCUCAUUUCUGGCAUUUGUGCUUGGCAACAGACAAGACAGCUUGCUAGCAGAGGAGCUCAAGUUGGAAAACAAAGAUGAUGGAAAUGCUUAAAACAAGUUAAGGUAGUAUGACACAGACUAAUUCCUUCUAAGCCAAUCCUCACUAGAAUGAGCACAAAACAAAAUGAACAACAGCUUUUGUACAUCAACAUUAAAACGGGAAGAAGCUUGGGAAAGGGCCUCCAAGAGAGAAGAACGCUGACGAGAGCAAAACCGCCUGAUUGGUAAACGCUACCUUCUAACAUAGACCAGCCAGACGUGGAAGGGAUUUCUAGAAGAGAAAUGCAAUCAUGGAUUACACACCAGCUCAUUAGAAACUGUUGCUGAAUACAGCAUUCGGAAGACAUGCAUGAAAAGUCACAUUUGGGGAAUAAAUUAAAAGGGGUGUAGUUGUUGCUAGACAAACAUAUGUAAAAUAUAUGCAUCAGGAGGUUUGUAAAUGUCAUUUUUUUUAUUCAGACAGAAAGCAAAAAGCUUUAAAACCUUUCACAGUAGAGAGGCAGUUAACUCCAGACUAUUCCUAUCCCAGUAGCCAAGAAGCUGAUAGGACAUCUCUUAAAUAAGCAUUUAUAAAUAGACUCUGAAUGUCUCCAUCAUCUAGUGGAAUAGCAAAACUUUUAAUGCUACAUUUCUGCACUUCAUUUACUUCAGUGUAUAAUAAGUUGACUAAAACUGUAAUGCUUCUCAAUUUUUAUGGCAUAUGUGCUCCAAUUAAUCUAUGUCUGUAACAAAUUUAAAACUGAGAAAUUAUUUCUGACCUAUAAUCUAGUUCUAUGAAGCAUACAUAGUAUAAGAUAUGUCUGACUGAAUAUCAUCAUGCUAUAAUUUCCCAAGCAACAUAGAAUUCUUUGCAUUUAAAGUGACAAAAUAUAAGCAUUUGAUUUCUUUUUUCAUAGGAAAAAGCGAUUUACCCUUUAAAUGUACAAGGUACCUGUAAGGGCAUUUCUGUUCUUUUCCCUGUUCUGCCACACAACUACAGGGGAAGAUCUCUGGCCCCACUACUGCCAAUCAGGCUCGGUGAUUAAAUGUCCUUUAUGGCCUUAACUCCACGCAUCAGUGAAGAGACAGCAAACAAAUGCCCACUGUGGACAGUGGGGCACAGGGGUGUGCAGAGCCCAGGGCUCCCGUCUGCAGGAGCCGCCCAGCGGGCACCCUCCUUCCAGAGCAGGAAACAGAUGGAGACACAGGGUACUGAGAAAGACCUGGGUCUGAGCACCAGGCAGAGAGCAGCCUGUGCUCAUCACACCCAGUGCCACACGCAGCUCCUCAUGGCAUGGCAGCAGCCCCAUCCUCCUCCUGUCCUCUCAUGAGUAUCAGAGGAAAUGGCUAAAAGCAUCACUGCUUGUUAUUGUCAGUCCUAGACGAUGUGAUACAUUGAAGACAUGGCAAAGCAUGAGUUAAAGCUGAUUUUUAAUGAUUAGCUGCACAACACAAAGUAUUCAAGAAUUUAGUGCAUAGAUCUCAGAAAACUAGUUUCAUCUUUGAUUGAAAAAUCAUCUUCAAGCAAAUAAACUCAAGGAAUUAUCUAAUCACCAAGGUAGCAGUGUGGCACUGCUGAUUUUAGAAACCAAACACUGAUGUAGAUGGAUGUCUGCAAAUAAAUUUACAUGUGAAUCUAGGGAGCAUUUAAAAAUAGAUAUAAAUAAAUGAUGUUUUAAUCUAAAUCUGCUCUUGUAACUGUGUGUAGGAGACUCCCUGACCUCUACAGGACUGGUGUUAGAGCUGGUCAAAAAUGGCACCCAACUCAACCAACCCCAUAAAUGUAAUCCAAGCACCUGCUGCUGUGCUGAAGUGCAAAAAGAAAAAACAAACAAACAAACAGAUAAUUGGUACAUGAGCCUGUAUGAAAUCACUGAGGUCCCAGUUCCAAAAGGUUUUCAAAUUUGUGGUCAGUCCAACCAGUGGCAGGUGGGACACACACCCCCCAAAGGCUGGGUGCAUUCAGGAGCUCCCAUUCAGUGGUGUCUUAGCAAAGCCUGCCUUCAGUCACUGCUCCUGUUGGCCCACAGACACACACAUCUUAAAAGGCUGUGGAAGCUCUGCUAUCUGGAUGUGCUGUUGUAUCACCAUCUUCUUUCGUUCCUUAUGUUUACCUCUAUCCCAAUUAUUGCAGUCGCAGAACUUUUGCUGUGACAGAAAUCACUGAAACAGGGUUUCUCUGUCAUAUAUUCUUUGGUUAUAUAGCACUAAGUUUUGCAUCAUGGUGACUGUGUGAAGAAAAAGUGCUUUCUAAACCCACAGGAAGUUGCAAAAAGUGUAAUCACAAGUCCCUGCAGCCCAACAAGGACAGCUCCACCAAACUGUACCAUUUGAACACAAACAGGAGACUUACAAGGACAUGCAUCACUAAAUGUUGGUUCAGUAUGAAUAGUAUGUUUUACCUUUUUAAAUGUAACUGCUUUCCCAUUACUCUCCAUUGUAACUUGUCAACUGUAAUUUUUUUUUUAAGUCAACAAAAACUGUAAAGAAAACUGUUGGAAUAACCGA